GUCAUUAGCCAGCUAAACAGAUUUACAGUAUUUGAAGAAAGGGAGGGUUAUCUGACGGUUAAUCUAUAACAAUUAAGCGUCAUAAAUUUGAUUGUCAUUAGUUUAACUCAAGUAAUGAAAAAUACACAUAUUUUUCCUAAACACUUGUUUUCGACAAAAAAUAAGUCAUGGAUAUACGCAACGGGAGGAGGCGAAAGAUAAGAACCCCAAGAAGUCUGAGGGCUUACAAAAGGCUGGUUGAAGCACAGAACGCUACCGCCAACAUGACGAAACGGGAGGUAUGCAAAGUCCUGAGGUCGCUAGCGGUAGAGAACAACAACGUGGACAUCGAUGUCCCCAUGGAGGAGCACUGUUUCUCUAUGAACUUUAGUAAGAACGAGAACCUCGAGGAGCAUGCUAUGGUUAUGGCACCACGCUACAGUCUGUUGCGAGAGGUCGGAAGGGGCAGCUAUGGGGUAGUGUUCGAGGCAAUUGCACGGAGGACAGGGGCAAGGGUAGCGGUUAAAAAAAUCCAGUGUAACGCUCCUGAAAAUGUGGAACUCGCUCUGUCAGAAUUCUGGGCUUUGGCAAGCCUGGAGAAGAAGCACGAGAAUGUGGUGCAGCUCGAGGAAUGUGUGCUACAAAGGAAUGGAAUGGCCCAGAAAAUGAGUCAUGGAAAUAAAAGGUCCAAACAAUACCUGCGGUUGGUGGAGACUUCACUAAAAGGUGAGCGAAUUCUGGGCUACCCGGAGGAGCCGUGCUACCUAUGGUUCAUCAUGGAGUUCUGCGAGGGCGGGGACCUGAACCAGUACAUCCUUUCGCGACGGCCCGAUCCGCGCACCAACAAGAGCUUCAUGCGCCAGCUGACCAGUGCCGUGGCCUUCCUGCACCAGAACAACAUUGUGCACCGUGACCUCAAGCCCGACAACAUCCUCAUCUCCCAGAAGUCAGGGUUGCCUGUGCUCAAAGUGGCUGACUUCGGCCUCAGCAAGGUCUGCGCAGGCUUGGGCAAAGACGGCAAUGAGCACCCCAAAGCUGGAGGCGACGGAAACAACGUGAAUAAGUUCUGGUUGUCGUCAACAUGUGGCUCAGACUUUUUCAUGGCGCCCGAGGUGUGGGAGGGCCACUACACGGCCAAGGCGGACAUCUUUGCCCUGGGCAUCAUCAUCUGGGCCAUGCUGGAGCGGAUCACCUUCAUCGACGCCGAGUCCAAGCGUGAGCUGCUGGGCACCUACGUGCGUCGGGGCACUGAGAUUGUGCCAGUGGGUGAGGCGCUCCUGGGGAACCCCAAGAUGGUGCUCCACAUCCCGCAGAAGACACGCAGCACCAUGUCUGAGGGGGUGAAAAAGCUUCUGCAGGACAUGCUUGCGGUCAACCCCCUGGACCGGCCCGACGCCUUCCAACUGGAGGUGCUGGUGAACCUAGUCACGUGUGCUGCGUGACACCGCUCCCCUCCCAUUCCCCUUUCCAAACCAUGGCCAGUAAGAGAAGGGUCUGCUUUUUUACCAGAUGUUUACUAACUCAAUGUGGGAUCCCGAGUCUGUACAGAGGUGGAAAAAGGGACUCUGAUCAUCUCUGAACUGUAAAACCUCUGUGAUUGAGGCCAGCACUUCAAAAAUCAGGACACCAUCACAGGAAAAGCUAUGCAAUCAAGUCGUAUGGAAAGUCAGGUUCUCUCCCCGCAUCUUCUGUUUUAAAUUUGGAAUGUUGUCACCAAAAAGCCAAAAGACAUUCACCAAUGUAUGAUGGUCAGCUAUGCCAGACCAGUGCUUCCUUGCACACCUGCUUUGAAAUGGCCCAAAGGAGUAAUCAUGAUUGUUAUGUUUAUAUAUUUUUUCUUUGGUCCAGUUAUGGACGGGUUCUUCCUUCUCCUCCAAUGUUGACAUGUGUUGUUGGAUGGGGCCACAGGCUAGUAUGAAUGGAUCAUUGUCACGUAUGGACUGGAGAGGCUAACAUGUUGCACUGUGGACCCUCUAUGCCAGAGGUUUAAAAAGUAUUCCUAAAAUGACCGAUGAUAAUGUAGAAGGGACUUAAUUUGUAUCAUGGAAUUAGUACUGGGAUGGACGUGAACCUUCUUAUGAUGGGAUAAAUGUCAGACAUUUUGGUCAGGGAGUUGGUCAGCCAUGGAUUACCAGUACUAUGAUAAGAUAUUAUGAAAAUAGAAUUUAACUGCACUGCUGACAAACAUACACGUUAUUGUAUCUGCACUCUCUGUUUAUUAGCUAGCCAGACAGAUUUAGGCCACUUUUUUAAAACAUUUAUGGAAUAAUUUAACUGCCAAUAGUCUGAGUCUAUUCGCGUAAUAAUAAGGAAUUACCCUCGACCACGCCCCAUAAACAGCAAACAUUCUUCUCCUCUUCCCCCCCCCAGUGUAAAGGAGCAAACGUUGUUUUUCCCCCUAUGGCCGAAAAGCUGCUGUGGUGUUCAAUGUACAUGUAACCAGAUCUGAAAUCCCGACCUACGGUAAUGCUACGGUUGGUAAUAGAGCCCUGAGGCUUCAGGCUUCAGGCUAUUCGGCGUGGGAAAUGUGGGGACCCAGUGUCCAGGUAGGCUACACGUAUCUGUGUGUGCAAAACUUUUCAUCACAGGUAAGACAUUUAACUUGUUCAGUAUAGUCUGUUUGUUUGUGUUGUUGGUCUUGGCUAGCUUAAUGUUCCAGUCGGUAGCUACCUUGCACUCUAUUUAUGUAACCUUUAUUUUAUCAGGGAGUCAUACUGAGACUAAGGUCUCUUUACAGAUGAGCCCUGAAUUCCAUAAAUUACAGAAAAUACACAUCAAAAUGCGAGCAGAAAGACAGUCGUUAAAAAAAAAAACACAUUCAUCAGUAAUGAGGUCGUCAUGCAAGGUAAUUGUUAUGUAAUGACAUGAGGUCAUGUGGCUGCUAGCAUCGUCAUGAAAAGGGGCUUGAGGGAAGCCCUACAAUAUUAAGUAGUGAGAACACUCAGGAGCAGGCAAUGUUGAAAAGUCACCUUUAGACAUGUACUUUGCUUAAAUGUAAUUUUGUAAUUGACUAAAACAAGCAGACAAAAAUAAAAUUGUGUUUGAAAAAGGCCAAGUAUUUGCUGUGAGCCAAUGGGGUAACCUAGGUAACCGCAGGUUGUUUUCCCCUCAGGCGGGCUGGGUUGUGAUGUUCUAUUCUAAUAACAAAUGGGUCUAUUUAAGCAAUAAGGCCCGAAGAGGUGAGGUGUAUAUAGCCAAUAUACCACGGCUAAGGGCUGCUCUUA